CCCACCUUUAAAUGUCCCGGGAAUUUUAAAAAUCCCCUUCCUGUUUGCUCAGCCAGGUGUGGAGUGCAAUCAAUCAUUCAAUCAAUCAGCAACCAUGCCUCCACGCCCCAAACGAGCCCCAGCAUGGAACAAUUCCGAGCUGCAGGACCUCAUCAGUGUUUGGGGUGAGGAAGCUGUGCAAGCACAGCUGCACUCCAGCCGGAGAAAUUAUGAUAUCUAUGGGCAGAUAUCACAGUCCUUGCUGAGAAGGGGCCAUGAACGGGACACGUUGCAGUGCAGGGUCAAAAUAAAAGAGCUGAGGAGUGCUUACUGCAAAGCCCGUGAGGGAAAUCGCCGUUCAGGAGCUGCCCCCACAACCUGCCGUUUUUACCAGGAGCUGGAUGCCAUACUUGGGUGUGACCCCACUGCCAAUCCUAGGAGCACGAUGGAGAGUUCAGAGCAGGGAGAAGUGGGGGAGGGUGUAGAGGAAGCCGAGAGUGAGGCUGCUGGCGUGGAGGGAGACACCCCGGAGUCCCAGGAGGCAUGCAGCCAGGAGCUCUUCUCAAGCCAGGAGGAGGCUAGCCAGUCGCAGCAGCUGGAAGUUGCUGGUGAGGAAGAAGCUGAGGAGCGUGCUCGGGUGAUCUUGACUAAUGCAGCCGGAUCACCGAACUCAAAACAAUUAGACAUUGGAGAAGACUUCAAUUAA